AUGUCUGAGCAGAUACAACAUUAUAACUUAACGUCCUCUCAGGACUUUGUACGGUCUCUGAAAGCUUCAUCUGAUCCGCCAGUAACAGGAGGCCCCUUUAAAAUAGACAUUGCUCGACAAUGCUGGAACAACACAUCAUUUUACGUACCCAGCAAGGCAGAAGUCAUCUCAGAAUGGGUGUUCACCAAAUUGAUUAAGGAUAAAGGGAAAGAUUUAUCCUCGAAUCCACUCUUUGACGCCCGUUACUGGGACCUCGUCGCAUCCCUACUAAACACUCGAAAUCCCCCUUUCAAGUCAUCAGAAACGCGCUCCCCAAACGCGUGGUUAACACCACUUUUGCAUCGCUUAGCAUUUGGACCUGUAAUGGUGGCGUUCUUGACCGCGUUUGGCGCUGUCGAGGAAAAUCAGCAAAGGAAACUUGCAGGGCUGGUCAGCACUUGCCUCAACACAAUUUGGCCCAUAGUGGUGCAAAGAAUGUCCGCUGAAAACUUACAAGAAUGUUUUGGAGCACUUCUAUGCGCACUGUCUUCUGUACAGGCGGAUGAUGGAAUUAUAGCAAUCGGCCAGCUGGUGUCUGUAUCUUAUCGAAACUCCUUGGCGAAUUCGUCGAACAAGAGAAAGCUGCAUCAAAUUUUUUUGCAAUCUCAUCUCAAACUGUGGGUUCAAAGUCUGGCGUUGAACGGAUCGCAGAAUGAAAAACUGUUGAAAGACGCCGUUCUCGAAGCUGGCAUGGAAACUCUUUUCAACCUUGAUAUCCUAAGGCAAAGUCAAGAUUCAAAGGCCGGAAACCCGCUUAUAGAACGACUUCUGAAACUAGUCCCGGAGAACAGAGACAUUGUUUAUGGAAUCCUGCCUGAUUUAUUUAGCCACUGCAUCUCCGCGACGAAGAAAAACAGAGGAGCACUUUUUAGUCAAGGAUCCCAGUCGCAGCCAGGAGCUUCUUUGGAGCAACUCCAUGAAGCCUGUUUACGAUUCGUUUUGGCCUUGUUUUCUUUGGUUGACCAUGGACAUCAAGAUCAUCAUGCGUGGAGGACGAGGUUUGCGCUUCUGAACAUAAUUGACCAGGAAAACCUUUUCGAUCGAACCCAAUUAGAAGCUCAAAUGACAUUCAAUGAAAUUCUUGAACUCGUCAUCGUAGCGUUGAACGACGGUUGGCAAGAAGAGCGAAUUAAAUGCACUACAACAGCAGUUGAAUGUCUAUCGACAAUAUCCCGGAUCGACUAUGAUAUCGUAAUUCCCUUUGUACCUCGCAUACUGCCCCUCCUUCUCCAAAUUCCUAUACUAAGUGGAGAAUGCUUCCGCUUUUUGGAUAUCCAAAUUGCCUACCACACAAAAACGAGGACUAUGGGAACCCUAGUGCAAGACCUCUUUUCUUCCCUCUCGAACCAACCACCAAAUCUUCAUGGAUCGCUAGAGCGAUAUCAACUUUUCCUUUCGAGUCCUGUCAUGCAUGAUCAGUAUCUAGGUAGACUCUCAAAUGCUUUGCACAUAUUCCUAACCCAGAGCCAGUGUCUACCUGCUCUAAACCUAGUGCUUGACCUCGUAAAAGUUAAAUGGGAUACUUUGCUUUGCAGCACCACCCGAAGAAACACAGAAUCCACCGAAGGGCCUCGCAAAAAGCGAAAAUUAUCAUCAGACCCCGAAACCAAUCCUGACACAACGGCUGUUACAUACUCACUCGUUUGUCGACUGGCUUCAGUUGUUUUGUCUUCCUUACCAGUUCCCUCGCUUUCUGCGGAUGCGCUAGAAGAUACACAACGAUUGUUAAACGAGUUCAGGUCUGGUUUCCUUCAUCAAUCACUCGCAAAAUCUAUGAAAAUUGUGAAGAAGCAAGGUAGUGCCAAUGCAUGGUGUUUGGAAAUCGCCAUUGCUGCCAAUCUUCGCUUGCUAUAUGCUCUCAACGUUUCGAAAAAUCUUUAUCUUCCUCUGGCGCAUGAUGACAAGGUUGACAAAAGGGUGCUAGAUUUAACAGCCAAAAGUGAGGUUUUGCCGGAAUUGGUUCUUGAAUUGUAUCGGAAUAUUCUAUACAAUCUGUCUAUACGCGACACAUUGGAUCACACACAACUUCUUGAACGGCUUUUUGAGUACCUUUCAAGACACUUCACUGCCAGCGACGUUCAAUGGUCUGGUCAAGUUCAUCAUUUAACGAACGGAGAACCCGGAAGAGCAGAAUCUUCGCUUGCUUUACUGCAUUUGGUAUUAGAAAGAUGGCUUGAUGUCAUCGAUCGUUUGGCAUCACCGGAACAGAUCGAAAAGCUACUCAAAAUUAUCAUCUCUAUUAAUUUGAUACCUUCAAGUAGUUCAAGCCAGCAAGUAAAACCGGAAGAUAUUCUUCUUGGUGUUUUGCACUCUGCCCAGUUUUGGGAGUUCCAAAACAUUCGUGAUCCUUCCAGCUCCAAAAGUCCGAAGCCGGCGUCAUUGCUCGACAAAUUGUCAAUUUACCGUUAUUUGCUCUUAUUUCCUAUGGAAUACUUUCCCUGGAAAUUGUUGAACGAUCUGAUGAAGCGUGCUCUAGCAGCGGAUUCUAUGAUUAGUCGCUUGCUGCCUAGGAAUGAUAUAAAAGGAAUCAAUACUUUGACAGUUCUUCGCGUCUUUUUGAAGCGAGCCUAUAUACACCGCGGUUUUAUCUCGCAAGACUCCGACCAAGAAUCGACAGACUAUUUGUUACACCUGUUACGACCAGCAGCAGUUAACAAUCAUUGCCCCAUUGAUUUUAUCAAGGCUACUCUUGAUCUAGUUGAAUUAUAUUUUUCAAAAAUGCUGAAAAACGUCAAAAACAAUGGUUCGAAGUGUAUUCUUGAUGUUCUCAAAACAUUUACACCCGAUACCAUUAAUACUUCCACGCUUCAGUCUUCAAGUUUUAUAUCCAUUGUAAAUUUACUGGAGCGUGAGUUCCCAUCAAACAGUCUGCCAGAAGAAAUACUGGCCACCCUUGUUACGAUCCAUUCUCAAUUAUCAUCAACGUUGAUUCCAAGGAUCACUCAUCUCGAUGAUAAGAAUAUCUCAACCGAGAGUAUUAAAAUAUACAGCAACCUGGUUUCUGGAUGGUACAGCGUGCUCGGCCUGGGAAAAUGGUUGGCACCAAGUGGACAUACAGUUCAACCCGAACCCACAAUGGGAGAAAAAAUUACCUCCAAUGUAGUGAAAUAUGCAAAGCAAGAUAUUGGAAAUAGGAAUGGCGAAUUAGAUGGCCUUUGCUCCAAUACUUUUGCUGUUCUCUUGCAAGAGCUCGGGUCUCGGCCAUUAGCAGAACACGCAGGACAUCUCGAUGUCGUUCUUGCCACCUACAUCUCUUUCUGCAACAUAAUUAGCCAUUCCAAUCGAAAUACCAUCGAUUCAUAUCUCGCCAAGCACUCAAGAAUGAUGGAAAUAUCUGAUUAUCUUCACACUUUGUCACUCAUCGCCGACUCACUUGCCUCAGAUGUGCAACUGCUCUCCUCCAAUCAUUUGCUACACUUGGUUCAUUUAGCAUCAAUCAUGCUUCAUGAUCAUCCAACUCGUGAGCUGACACCUGCCGAUUUUAGCCUUGAUUGCAAUCGCAUUGACCAAACUUUUACAGAUGCUCUGGUCUAUAUACAGAAAUUUACAACGCGGUGCAUCAAUAUCUUUAAUGAAAAUCCUAUCUUCGUCAAAGGUCCUAUUGAUCUGCGUCUGCAGGUGUUGGAAUUGAUAUCACAGCAUUGUUCAGGCCAGCCAGCGGCAUUGCGUUCAAUAGACACCACUGGAGUUUGGCUGUUCCUGUUCAAGCAUCUAGCUCCUUCUCAAGAACACGACGAUACGACUGAACCAGCUAUCUUCCAUAAGAUAGUUUCAAUUCUGAGCUCGCUCAUUCGCCUUCGUAGAGACCUUGUCACUCACGCUCUUCCUCAUCUCGGUAUGGUUCUACGCCGGCUGAUCUUAUGCACCCGCGCCUGCCGGUCGCAGCUCGGUGCAAAGCAAACAUCGAUAAUCAUGGCGACACAGCCUCGAUGGGUCAGUGCCUCUCACCCGCUAGGUGGAGAAGAGGCUAAAGCGCUUGGCCGCCUCCUUGAGAACCUGAACACGAAGACGACAGUGAGGUCGUUUGCGUCGAUAUCGUCAUCCAUAACGACUGCGGAGCCACAGAAGGCAGAAUCUCUUUCGAAGCCAUUUUCAAAGCAUGCGGCGUAUGUUCUAGAGGCGUACAUUGAGGCGAUGAACGACCCACUGUGUGUACUGUCGCUGGAGGUGCGAAAGGAAUUGCAGCCGGGGAUGUUUGCGCUAUGUGGUAUGAUGAGUGAGCAUAGUCGUGAUGCGCUGAUGGCUUCUGCGCUUGAUACAGGUGGAAAGGCCACGUUAAAAGCGCUGUGGAAGGAUUAUGAAAAACAGAGAUAUGUUGGAAAGGGUUAA